UUCUGUCUAGACUUCAUUUUCAUUCGUUUCCUAUUCGCCUGAAAAGUGAAAACAGUAUAUUAGUAAAUUGAGAAUUCAAGUACAUUAUUUAUUGAAUAAUAGGUGAAAGUUCUCGUUUUUUUGCUAUAAGUUUAGUUUUAAUUUUAUUGAACCUAUGAGUUUUAUGCCGGUGAAACUAUAAUUUGAAAAAUAAAAUGAGCUACAGGGAUUCUUACUCACUCUACCCGAGGUCUCAUUCAUACAGUGCAGCUAAUGAACAGCGUGUAGGAUCCCACUUGAGAACGCUAAUGAGUUACGGGUCAACACCCUCAUCGGUGUUGAGCUCGCUGUCAUCAUUUCGGUCCAGACCACCUUACACUGGAGUGAGCAGCCUCGGUGUUGGUGUAACUUACAGCCCUACCCCUGAUGUCAAUGAAGUUUAUCCUGGACUUUUUGUUGGAGAUGCGGUCGCAGCGAAAGACAAGGCAUUCCUUCGUAGAAUGGGCAUCAACUACGUUCUGAACACUGCAGAGGGCAAGCGCUACACGCAAGUUGAUACAGACCACAUGUACUAUAGAGACUGCCCUGGGUUGCAUUACAAAGGCUUCCAGUUGAUGGACCUUCCGUCUACCGAUAUAUCUAAGUACUUCCACAUCGCUGCCAAUUUUAUCGAUGAGGGGAUUUCUAGAGGAAGUCGCGUGCUUGUUCACUGUAUGAUGGGGGUUUCCCGAUCGGCCACUUGCGCCAUCGCAUUCCUCAUGAUCAAACGUGGUAUGUCUUUGACGGAGGCUCUUGCUUUGGUCCGUUCUCGGCGGGACAUCCAUCCCAAUGAUGGGUUCAUCCGUCAAUUGCAGGACCUCGAUAGGGAGCUGCGCCUCUCUCGGGUGCGCUGACAUAGAACCCCCCUGCCCUCCGCCUAUAGUCUGUCCUACGAUAUUGGUAAUCCACGAUUGCGUGUACGGAGUCUCGAUCGAGCUUAUACUAGUCGCUAUUGAAAGUUGAAUCCGGAAAUGUAUACACCGCACAGACUAAAAGAAAAAGAUGGAACAAACAGGCUUUGUAAAUACAUAAACACAUAGACGGAACCUUUUUGUUUACUUAUUUGCAUUUAAAUUAUCUAACAAUGGUGCAAUCCAGGCCGGCUUGGCGUCACAAGAUAUCGAAACUUUUAUAUACCAUACGUAUAUAUCAUAUUAUAUUAUAUACAUCUAUAAUAUAUAAAUAUAUAAAUCAUAAAAGGAAGUCUCCUAGUGUAUGAAUAAAUCUCCAUGAAAAAAUAAAUAAAUAGACAAAAAAGGUACAUUUUCUGCGUUAUUUGUGUAGUAAACAAAGGUACUACGUAUAUUUUUCAUAUUGCAUUUAGUGGUUUAAUAAUUGAACAUCUUCUAAGAUAUACUGGAGUGAAGAUGCAUAAAGAGGUAUUAGGUACAAAUGAUCUUUUGUCUUUUUAAAAUAUCUGUGGUUUUGCUAAAAUGUAUUAAUUACUUCAUACACAUAUGUCCGGAUGUCGCAAAUUAUAUCAAAUUAAAAUUAUAAUAUAGAUCCACAAAAAAUUGACAGAUUAACAAAACUCCGUUCUCAUGUCUGACAACUCGAAAACCUAUUAAUGUCAUAGUAUGCGUUGGCGUGAGUUGAGGGAUAAAACUGUAUGGAAUGAGAUUACGCAAAUCCCACACGUUGCAUGAAAUGAUUUAUCACUCAGCAAGUCGAUUAACAAUACCACCAUCUGAGCGCUUGCAUUGUGCUAAUUUACUUGCACAGGUUUUGUGUUGAGGAUUUCAUCCACCUUUCUCAUUUAGUCUGUGAUCAAUCGUACCAAUGAUUUCGAGAAAAACGAUGGGACAUUCUUUUAACAUUUUAUAAACGAUUUUCAAAAAGUUGUAAGAUUCACAUUGGUAGCUCUUCCGCUGUUGUUGUGAGAUAAACGAAUUCUAUAUUUUAAAAAUUAAUUUAAAACAAAUUAUAUACAGGUUGUCACAAU